AUGUGGAUGACGUUGACAUGUGUGCGUACCGAGGCCAUGCCGGCUGUGCGUAGGAUGAUGCGUGGUACGACGACCGCUGCCCAGGCGCCUACGUUGGUGCGGCCCUUCAGUGCGAUGGUAGCGCUGCCACGCCGUCCACGUCAAGCGACGAGGCCAUGGGCUCGCUAUGCAUCGCUAACGCCUUCGCGAUCCAUGUUCAUUCAGACGGAAGCUACGCCGAACGAGGACUCACUUAAGUUUCUGCCAGGCUGCCAGGUUAUGGAGAAGGGCACGGCCGAGUUCCUCGAUAAGCGUGCGUCAAUGGGAUCGCCUCUCGCGAAGAAUCUCUUUGCGCUGGACGGCGUCACGGGCGUAUUUUACGGCCCGGAUUUCGUGACCGUGAGCAAAGAUUCUGAGACGCCCUGGUCGGCUGUAAAGCCGGAAAUCUACAGUACCAUGAUGGAGUUCUUUACUGCUGGCCACGACUUGUUCCCUGAUCCCUCUGUGCAGCAACCAGGCUCUGAUACGACGAUCCUCGAGACGGACUCGGAAGUCGUUGCGAUGAUCAAGGAGCUGCUAGAUACACGCAUCCGCCCUGCGAUCCAGGAAGACGGUGGCGACUUGGAGUACUGUGGAUUUGGCGAGGAUACGGAUGGCAUUGUGCGUGUCAAGUUGAAGGGCAGCUGCCGUGGCUGCGAUAGCUCUACCGUCACACUCAAAUCGGGCAUUGAGCGCAUGCUUAUGCACUAUGUGCCGGAAGUGCAGGGUGUCGAACAAGUUCUCGACGAAGUCGAGCAGGUCGCAGCUGACGAACUUGCGAAGCUCGAGGAGCGUUUGCGGCAACACCGUGAAGAACGCGCCAAGGGCUUUUCGCCUUAG